AUGGACUACACGGCGGUGAAAAGAACCGAGCCACCGGUUGAUGAUGUUCGAGAGGAAAAAGAGGGAUGUUUCAGCCGCCUUCGCUAUCGAUGUGGCGCUUUUGAUCAAGGUCGACGACAGGGAUGCUGCUGGAUUGUCGCUUUCAUGGUGCUAACCGCGAUAUUUGGCGGUUUAUUCAACAACAAAAACAACGAAGAUUUGCCGUUUUUUGGCGAGCAGAAUUUGACCGUCCCAUCGAGCCUCUUUCCAUUGAAGAUCCCUUUGGGUGAUCCAUUGCAAAUCGGUCAAUACUAUCACAUUUACGGAAAUGUUAGCAAAAGCGCAACCGAUUUCUGCUUCUCGCUCACCCAGGAUGUUGAUGUGAGGCUGAAGAUUUGCGCACUUUUCAGCAAUGGAACGGGUGAAAACUCGACGACCACUUAUCAAGCGUUGAGGAAAAACGGCACAUUGAUCAACGAGAUUUCAGUGAAUCCGUUUGAGAAAAACGAAGUUUUCGACUUGCGGAUCCGAUUUUUGGAUGGACUUGUUCAGAUUUUCGCAAACCACGGUGAGAUCGGCAUCUUCACAGCCAGCGACGCUUUGUUGAAUGCCACUGAAGCCACAUUGUCAACAACAUCGAACGGAAUCCAAAGUCUUCGACUGUUUAGGAUUGAAGGCCGAAAGUACGAGAAUCCAUUCAACGGGAACAUUCGUCUCAAUUUCGGGCAACGCUUGGACAUUUCGGCUCAACCAAUCAUGAGAAUGGCAAACACUUCGCAAAUCGCCGAGAUUUUCGACGAGGACAAGCCGAUGCUUUUGGCGAUGAAUGGGACAAAUGGCAAUGCGCAAGAGCUGAGCGCCUUAAACCCAACACAAGUAAGCGAGUUGCUCGAAAAGGGACAAGUGCCGGUGAAACGAUCAGUUGAUGCAGCAAAGCAGCCCGUGAAUCUCGACGUUGAAGACGAUUUUGAGCCAGAAUUCGUGCGAGUGAAGCGAAGAAGUGGCGGUGGUCGAGGAGGUGGUGGCGGCGGUGGACGAGGCGGCUCAAGGGGUUCUUCAGCGGCUAGAUCGUCUUCACGGGGCUCGUCAGGAAGUUCCAGCAGUUCGCGGGGAAGCAGCUCGGCGAGAAGCUUCUCUCGUGGCUCUUCUUCAUCUCGUCUCGGCUCUCGUUUCAAAAGCAGUGGAGGAUCGUCGGGAAGCAGUAGUUUCUAUAGUCAAAACAGAAGAUGGUACGGCACAAGUACACACUAUUACGGGCCAUCCAGUUACAGUUACAUCUUCGCCGGUCGUAUCUAUUAUCGUUCAUCGAUUGGGUGUUACUCGUGCCAUUCGAGGUACACAAAACAAAAGGUUUUGCCAAGGAGUAAACGAAUCGAUAUUCUUUUCUUUAACGAGCACGAUGUGAUGACAUUUACGGUAUCCAUACGUUUUGUUGAGGAUCGCGUGGUGUUGAACACGUUUAAAGACGGUGAAUGGCAACAUCAUAUUAGAGAAGAAAUGCCGAUCGAUGAUUGGAAAAUCUUCGAUUUGAGCAUUUUGAAGAAAGAGAAACAUUUGGCGAUUUAUUUCAACGCUCAGUUCUAUCUCGAGUUUGAGCACCGUGGAAAUGUGAGUCAACAAUUGGACAAAGUGAGGAUUGAUGGGGAUGUUGAGAUUCACUCGAUUGCGGUGGACGGGCGAGCAAUAACCCCUAACGGAGUGUCACCAUUAGUAGCCGGU